AUAAACCUCAUACUAACUCUCUUUACAAACUCCUUUAUUGCCUUUCUACUAAUCUCCGUGGCAUUUUGAUUACCCCAACUGAACGUAUAUGCUGAAAAGGCUAGCCCUUACGAAUGUGGUUUUGAUCCUAUAGGAUCUGCUCGCUUACCAUUUUCAAUAAAGUUUUUCCUUGUUGCAAUCACAUUCCUUCUAUUUGAUCUAGAGAUUGCUCUUCUCCUCCCCCUCCCUUGAGCUUCCCAAACAAAUAGUCUUAACCUUAUACUAACUAUAGCCUUACUCUUAAUCUUAAUUCUUACCCUCGGAUUAGCCUAUGAAUGAAUCCAAAAAGGUUUAGAAUGAAUUGAAUA